CCUCUGAGAUGUCAAAGGUCAUCCCACACACAGCGUCGCAUUUCCUGUAUUUUUCACCGAACAUCGGAGUUUUUAGGUCGCCAUGGGGAAGAAACAGCACCAAAAAGACAAGCUGUACCUGACUUGUUCAGAGUGGACCCAGUUUUUCGGAGGCAAAAAGUCAGAUGGUCCAGAGAGGGGGCCCUUCCGACGACUGCCUUUCUACUGCUGCAGUCUGUCCCUGCAGCCAUUUGAGCACCCACUCUGCACGGAGAAAGGAGACAUCUUUGAUUUGAUGAACAUUGUCCCAUGGCUGAAGAAAUAUGGAACAAAUCCCAUCACAGGAGAGAAAAUGGAGGCCAAGGCGCUGACAAAGUUGACCUUCCACAAGAACUCUGAAGACAAGUACCACUGUCCCGUCACCUUCAAAGUCUUCAACGAAAACGCUCACAUCGUCGCCAUCAAGAAGACUGGACAUGUCUACAGUUAUGAGGCAGUUGAAAGGUUAAACAUCCGACCCAAGAACUGGAAGGACCUUCUGACGGAUGAACCAAUCACGCGCAAGGACAUCAUCACAAUCCAGGACCCCACCGACCUGGACAAGUUCAACUUUAACAACUUCCACCACCUCAAGCACAACCUCAAGGUCACGGACGAAGAGUUAGAGAAGGAAAAGAAGGAUCCGUCUUUUCACCUGAAGAACGUGAACUCCAUGACUGGAGACGUGUUGGAGGAACUUUACAGGGACUACAAACCUCAGGAACUGGUUCCAAAAGAAAAGCAGGAGGAGCACCCAGACAAGAUGAGCUCUGCCCACCACACCACAGGCAUGGUGGCAGCUGGGUUCACCUCCACAGCUGUCACACCUCGAACUGAACAUGUGGCUGCUAAGAUCGACAGUGAUGAACUGAAGUACAGGUUUGUGAAGAAGAAGGGAUACGUGAGACUCAGAACCAACAAGGGAGACCUCAACAUCGAACUGCACUGUGACAUGGUCCCCAGAACGUGUGAGAACUUCCUCAGACACUGCCAGAACAAGUACUACAAAGGAACUCAGUUCCACAGGAGCAUCAGGAACUUCAUGAUUCAAGGAGGAGAUCCCACAGCCACUGGAAAGGGAGGGGAGUCCAUCUGGGGCAAACCAUUCAAGGACGAGUUCAAACCUAACCUGACCCACUCCGGGAGAGGUGUGCUCAGCAUGGCCAACUCUGGACCCAACUCCAACAAGUCCCAGUUUUUCAUCACGUACCGGUCCUGUAACCACCUGGACCGGAAGCACGCGGUGUUCGGGAGGGUGGUGGGCGGACUGGACACUCUCACUGCCAUGGAGAAGGUGGAGUGUGAUUCUACAGACAAACCACAGGAUGACAUCAUGAUUACAGACACCCUGGUAUUUGUGGACCCCUACGAGGAGGCAGAAACUCUGCUUGCGGAGGAAAGAAGGAAGCAACAGGAAGCUGAGGAGGAGGAGAGAAAGUCUUACCUCAACAUCCCCGUCAAACGGAAGAAAGAACCGGAGGGACCAAAAGUCUUCAAGUCAGGCGUGGGGAAGUACAUCAACAUGGCCAGUGCCAGCACCAGUAGUGCCGACCCCGGGACCAGCAGACAGACGGACUCUCCCCAGGCCGCCGUGCCGCCCAAGAAAAAAGUCAAGUCAUCGUCCAAACUCACCGACUUCAGUGCCUGGUAGAUUUGUACAAGUCUAAGAGAUUUAAACUCUAGUUCAAAAUCUGUAUCUGUAUUUGUAUAGCCGGUAUAACAGCCUUUCGGCGUAACACACACACCAGAAAUCGUCAUCCAAGUCUUAACCCUUGUCCUUAACACAAUAUUUUCAAAUAAUUUGAAGUCUUAAUCAGGUCAUAGACUCUUGCCUUUUUUUGCCCUGCGGUGGCGUAGCUACAAAUGUACUUCCGCAUUCGUUG